CCAUAAUCCCAAUAGACAUCGUUUAAUCGUUUCCAUCUUUUCGUCGUACUUAGUUUGCUCAUUGUACCUUAUGAAGUUUGAUCUAUUUCGAAAUAAGGCCAUUGAGUGACUAUAGCAAAUACUGAGUGUGAAGCAAAAUCCCUUUGUGAACAGUGAAAAAAAAAAAGAAAAAUCAUUAGACAUGUUGGACUCCAACACUCUAGACCAGCAGUUCGAAGAUUGGGAGUUUCGCUACGCCUCAAAUACACUGGACACCGAAUACAUUGGAAAUUAUUUUCAAAGUAUUGCUGGAAAAUUCAUGCAAUUGCAAAAUAACCCCAAUUUAGGAUUUGGUGAACAACUGCGAAGUGCACAAGAUACUGAUCCUGAAUCGCAAGGGUUUCUGACAGGAAAUUACCAAUUCGACGAGCAAGCUGCUCGUGAUGUUACCAUUCAGCUGCUCAAAUUAUUCACAUGCGGCCCAAAUUACGAUGAUUUUUUACAGAGUAUAAAACAGAGUGACACCGUUUUGUCUGUAUGUGGCCGCGUUUUCAAAAUCGGAGAGCCAACUUACAGCUGCCGAGAAUGCAGCAUGGAUCCAACUUGCGUCUUAUGCUCAUCGUGUUUCAAAAAGUCCACGCAUCGGAAUCAUAAAUACAAAAUGGCAACUUCCAGCGGCGGUGGUUGUUGCGAUUGUGGCGAUACCGAGGCAUGGAAGAAAGAUCCUUUUUGUAAAGAUCAUGAUGUAAGUAACCCGAUUUCGCAAAGAAAGGAGCCGUUGUCGGACAUGGUUAAGAAACGCUGUGAGUUAGUGUUUAGUUCCACACUCAACUUCUGCAUGCAUGUGCUGCAAAUGGAUGUAACGGGAUGGAACUGUCCCGAACUUGAAGAUGAAGAAAAUACGCAUUGUACUAUACUGUACAAUGACGAAACACACACUUUCGAACAGGUCAUUCAAACGCUUACCUCGAUAGUCAAGUGCCACCAUAAGACAGCGAUCGAGUACGUAACCAGUAUUGACCGAGAAGGACGUGCCGUUGUAAAGUUUGCCUCAUUCGAAGUGUGCAAGAAGCUAAAAGAGGACAUCGAAAACAAAGCGACACGAUCGCCUCUAGCGGGCAGAGCGUUGCCCCUGAAAGUGACCGUAAUGCACCGAAACGAGGUUGCCUGCCAGCAUUUAGCCAUGCAAAUACUCGGCUGGUUACAGGAAUUCCUCACCAAACAUUCAACAUUCAGAAGCAUAUUCGCGGCCACGAUCACCAAACCCCACGCGAUGUACAACCUGAAGCACAUCCUUAACAACGAUCACAACCUGUGGAAGUCGGCACGCAGCUGCUGGCACCGGUUGCUCAUUUCGGGCAUGCUGAUGGAGUACGACAACAAGAAAAUCCUUGCGCAAACGUUCACCAAGCUGUAUGCGUCCCUGAUGCAGGACUUCAUCCGGGACGACCAUUACCAUUCGUUCUCGAUCGUGUCGCUCAGCGUGCAGCUGUUCACGGUGCCAACGAUCGCGCACUAUCUGAUCGAGCAGGAGUCGGCGUUCUUCAAGCUGAUGCACACCUACUUCUCGGAAUCGAUCGAGAAGCACAUCAAAAACCGCCAGCUCGUGUUCGCGAAGAACACAUCGACGACGAACGCGUUCAAGCGGGCGGCCUACAUCCUGAUCGACUUGAAGUACUUGCUCAGCUUCAAGCCGGAAAAGUGGACGCAGGAGUUGCGCACGGGUUUCGUGCACGGUGUGCAGCUGUUGGUAAAGCUGCUCAAGCACAUGCAGGGCAUGGACGCGGUGGUCCGCCAGGUCGGUCAGCACUUGGAGUACGAGCAAGAAUGGGAGACGGCAUUUACGCUUCACCUGAAGCUGUCGCAUCUGAUCACGCUGGUGCUGGAAUGGUGCGCCACCGAUCGGAUCGUGCUGGUGAAGGUCUACCGGAUGGUGCUCGCCGCGCUAACCGAGGUGAAGUUCAUCGUGCACGAGUCCGAGAUGGUGGUGUGCGAGGUCGCCGAUCACAGUGCCUCCUGCCUGACGUACGAGGUGCGAUCGAAGCCCGUAUCAGUGCACCUGCCCCUAACGCGCUUCCUGGCCGGGUUGUAUACCGAAAUCGAAAAGUACGGGCUGGCGUUUGAUACCAUCGCGUCGAGCGUCGUAGAUCGACCGACACCGGAGCAGAUCAUCGAGCCGGUGCUUUGCGCGCGCACCAUGAUGUCGCAGGUACACGCAGGGAUGUGGCGCCGCAACGGUUACACUCUCGUCAAUCAGCUCUUUUUCUACCGUAACGUCAAGUGCCGGUAUGAGAUGCUGGAUCGUGACAUCGUCAUUCUGCAGAUUGGCGCGUCCUUGAUCGAGGCGAACGAGUUCAUCAUCCACGUGCUGAACAAGUACAAGCUGCUGCAUUGGCUUGAGAGCGAGGAGUUUGACAAACCGGCCCUUCCCGCGGAUCCAGGCACGUACGAGGAAGACCUCGUGCGCCAGACGGCGGUGGUGGUCGAGGAAUUUCUUGAGCUACUCAUUACCAUCGUCGGCGAACGGUACGUGCCGGGUGUUGGUGAUGUGACCGAGAACGAUCGCAUAAAGAAGGAGAUCGUCCAGCAGCUCUGCAUCAAACCGCACUCGCAUUCGGAGCUGAGCCGCGCCUUGAACGAAGACAAUUGCAGUGAAAUCACCAUCGAGUCCGUCAUCGAUGAUGUUGCCGUGUUUGAGAAGCCAAACAUCGCGGAAAAGAAGGGCGUUUACAAGCUGAAGCCGGAGUACUACAGCUGGUUCAACCUUUACUUCUAUCACUACAGCAAGGAGGAUAAGUCAAAAUCGGAGGAAGCGCAAUGGAACCGGCAGAAGGAGAAGAACGAGCUUCUCUGCUGUCCGCCACCCAAAUUACCAAAGCUAACACAAUCUUUUAGCAUAAUACCCAAUCUGCUGCAGUGCGACGUUAUGCUGGAAAUAAUACGCGUAAGUCUUACACGAGCACUUGAUUUGAGAUCUACAUUCUUCACCGAAGGACAACUGCAGCGGGUGCUACAUCUGAUUGGAUAUGCCAUACAAGAGGAGGAAUCAGAGAAUUAUCCAUACCUUAAGUUUUAUGAACAAAGCCAAAAGAUUGGUCUCCUUACUUUGCUCGAGGAACUUGCUAAAAGCCAGCGGGUUGAGUCUCAGCGGGACCUGCUGCGAUGGGUCAUUCAGCGUUACAAAGCGAUGGAAGCAAAGCGGCAGAUAUCGAACCGCACCGACAACGAUAAGGGCGAAUCCAGCGGCAGCAGCGGCAUGACGAUGCUGGAAAUGGAGCGUCACGAGAAAGAGCAGCGUGCGAGGCUAGCGGCCACACGCCGGGCCCAGCUGCUGGCGCAAAUGCAAAACGCACAGAAGGUGUUCAUGACCUCGAACGCGAAAAUGUUCGAGGAGGAGGGCGACAAGGAUGCAGAAGCGGUAGGCGCAGAACCAGCAAAAGAUGACGUCGCAGAUGAUAUGGAAUGGCAGGAGUCGUGCGUUCAAUCGCAACCUGUGUGUCUUGGCCCGAACCGCCAGGCUGCCCGGCCAGCAGACUAUUCGUCCCUGCGUCACACGUGCAUCCUGUGCUCGGAGCAGUCCUCGCUGGCCACAGCCACCAACAGUUGUAUGGUGUACGCCGCAUUCGUGCAGCGCUCGAGCGUGCUGUCCCGCUACCAGCAGACGGAUGAGCGCGGUUCGCUGCAGUUUAUCGAAACCAAGACGCACCCAUCGCCACACAUCACCACCUGUGGGCAUGUGAUGCACGUGACUUGCUUCGAUAAGUACUUCAACAACGAGGUGAUCAAAGAACACCGUCGACCGUACCGGAACCGGACGCCCAUCCUGUUCGACAUCGAGAAGCGCGAGUUUCUCUGCCCGUUGUGUCGAUUUUUGAGCAACUGCCUGUUGCCGCUGGUGCCACCGCUGGAGGGCAUCAAGACCGUCGAUGGCCUACCGGUGGAUGCGCAAAUCGUGAAGGAGUUCGGGUUUCCCUUCUGGUACACGUUUAUGGCGGACUUCACGAGAUGUGCCAAGGACGAGCAUGAGCGUUUGCGGCAGCAGGAAUUGUCCGCGAAUUUCGAGGAAGACGAUGAUACGGAAAGGAUUAAGGAUUACGGCCACCUGUUGACCAUCCUGACGAAGCUCGAGGAAAGCUAUCCGUCCGUGGUGCUCAAAUACGACGACACGGUGCGCGACCGGUACUCGAAGGACCUUAUGUUCGACGAGAUAACCAAGAGCUCGUUGUUCAAGUUCUUCCAGGCGGUGGAUGCGUUCACAACGGUCCCGCAGACGGCGAAGGUGUUCUCCGACUACCUUGCCACCUGGCUGUCCUGCUCGUACACGAUCAAGUCGCUCGAGAUGUUGCUGCGCGUGAUGGAGCGUCCGCUGGGCAGCGAGUUAUCGAUCCGCUACUCGAGCUGCCUGCACGGGCUGGUGCGCGUGUCCUGCGUGCUGGGUCUAAUGCUACCGUCGGGUCUCCUGCAGCGCUACCUGAUGUUCUACAUGGUCGAUCUGUACGAGACACUGUUUGGGAACCAACCGUCGUCGUCCUUCUUCGAGUGGGACCUCUUCGGGAUCCUCAACACCUGCCUGUUCAUCACCCGGUCGGUGUUGUUCACCUAUGUGCGCAUCCAGCGCAUACCGCGCGGUGACGAACUGGAUCACGCCAUUGUCCAGGCCGUGUUUCUGGUCAAUAUGCUGCGCACCAUCAUCACUUCGUCGGCUGGUGUUGGUCUGCUGGACACCCCCGCGGACGGUGCUACCGAGCAACCGAGCGAACCAUCGCCAACCGGCAGCAAACCGUGCGACGAGGCGGAAGCGAAUCUGCUGCAGUUGUACAAAAAAUACAACAUCCACUACCAGCCGGAAGCGAAGCAGGGAGCGUCGACAAGUGCCGCACAUGACCGACGUCUCUGUAAGGAGCUGGUGCGUGACAUCCGGACGCAGAACCACACGCUGCUGCGUUGCUGCUGUCUGCUGUUCCACAGCAUCACCGAUGUCGAGCUGCCCAAGUGCACCGACUGUGGCCGAGAGGCGUCGGACCACGACUACCAGCUGAUGGUCAACUAUCUCGGUUUGCAGGCGGAUCCGCUCGCUUACUUCAAGACCGGGGACGCCUCGCUCGAGUUCACCAUACGGCUGGCGCAGUGUAACGUCGAGCAGAUCGAGCGCAUGCGGCAGAUGCGCCAGGGUCAGCUGCUCGGUGGCCGCGCCCUGUUCCAAACGGCCCCACCCGUCCGUCAGCUCAUCGAGCUGCCGGACGAUUACAGCGAUCUCAUCAACAGCGUGUCGCAGUUCACCUGCCCGAACAACAUCCGGGACGAUUCCCGCAACCCGACCAUGUGUCUCGUGUGCGGCGAUAUUCUCUGCUCGCAGUCGUUCUGCUGCCAGAAGGAGCUGGACAAGAGCUCGGUCGGUUCGUGCACGUACCACACCGACGAGUGUGGUGCCGGCAUUGGCAUCUUCCUGCGCAUCCGCGACGCCGAGAUACUGCUGCUGGGCAUCAAUAAGGGCUGCUUCAUAGCGGCACCGUACCUGGAUGAGUACGGCGAAACCGACCAGGGGUUGCGCCGGGGCAAUCCGCUACGGCUGUGCAAGGAGCGCUACCGGAAGCUGCACAUCACCUGGCUCAGCCAUGGCCUGCACGAGGAGAUUACACGGCGUAAUGAAACGCAGCAGACGCUAUUUGCCACCCAGUGGCACAAUCUGUAA